AUGUCGAAGCCUUUUGAUCCCGAGCACCCUGAGAACCUGGAUGACAUGGAGAAGCAAUUCGCCGUGAAAGCCGUCGAACACUUGAUGACAUACUGGUCGAUCCUCGAGAAGGUCAAGGGCUCGCAGCUUCGCCUGACUAAGAUGGACGAUGAGAUCUACGAAUCUUUCACCAAGGAGUUCCCUGAAUUCGACCCCGCAGGAACCCUCAACGAGGAUGAGAUGAAGAGCAAGGCUGGCAAGGAGAAGUGGCGCAACUGGAUCAACCAGUAUGAGAAGAAGAUCGACGACUUCAACUUCGGCACAAUUAUUCGCACUCGGGCCGAUGCCGAGUAUGACCAAGAUACCACACUUUUCGGCGUUCGCAUGCAUUUCUACGCUGUUGAGAUUGCUCGUAACCGCGCGGGUCUGAACGAUUGGAUCUACGAGCGCGCCCAGAAGGCUAGCGCAUGA